AUGAUUAAUGAUGAAACAGAACAAUGUUCAAGGUUGGUUUUAAUAAAUGGUAAUCCAAAAUAUUAUCAUACAAUAAUUUUAUUAAAAGAAAUUAAAGAAUUUAAAAAUAAUGAAUUAGAAAUAAUUGAAAUUGAAAAUGUUAAUGCUUCAUCAUCUCCACCAAAAAGAGCAGAUUAUAUUCACAUAUGUGUUGAAUAUCAAGAAAAUUCAUGGGAUCCAUUAGAUAAAUUUGUUAGCUUCUUAAAAAAAAAUAAAACAAUAGUUGAUGAUGCAAAAGAAAUUGGAGUUUAUAUUCAUUUUCAACCUGGUAAAAGUUGGAAAGAAUAUAGUCCCAAGGAUUUAAGAGAAUAUAAAUCAUUUUUAAAAUAUAUUAAAGAUUCUUGUGGUGAUAAAGUUACUCAAUUUGCUAUAAUUGAUAAAUAUGAUAUGGAAACUGUUUAUAUGAUGGAAGAUGAAGAUAAAGAAGAUGAAUUAAAAGAAGAAAUUCAAUCAGAUAUUAUAUAUUGGAAUAAUUUAAGAACUUUAGAUUAUUGUGAAAGUAGUAUUCGUAAAUUUCCAGAUAUUAAAUUACCUGAUACUUUAGAAUUUUUAAAUAUUGGUGGUGGAUAUGCAUUAGAUUCAUUAAGAGGAUUUAAAAUGCCACCAAAAUUAAAAGUUUUAAGAGCAGGUCAUGGAGCAAUAGCAUUUUUAGAAAAUGUAAUUUUUCCAGAUACUUUAGAAGAAUUAGAUCUUACUGAAAAUAAAUUAUAUUUUUUAGAUGGUAUAAAAUUCCCACCAAAUUUAAAACAUUUAGAUGUUUCUCAAAAUAGAAUAGAAGAUUUAAAAUUUGCAAAUUUUCCAAACCUGUUAGAAACUUUAAGUUUGGGUUUUAAUCCAAUUGAAACUAUGAAAGGUGCUAAAUUCCCACCAAAUUUAAAACAAUUAGAAAUUUCAAAUACUCCAAAUGAGUCAAUGGCAGGUGUUAAAUUUCCAGAAAGUUUAGAAAUUUUAAAUUUACAAACUGCAAUGUCAGGAUCAAAAGGUUUAAAAUUACCAACAAAAGUUAAAACUUUAAUAUUAUCAGAAAAUGAAAUUACAAGUAUUGGUCCUUUAAAAAUUCCACCAACAGUUGAAAUAUUAUAUUUAAAUGGUAAUAAAAUUAAAACUUUAAAUAAAAUUACUUUCCCACCAAAUUUAAAAGAACUUCGUAUUGGUGAUAAUCUUUUAACAACUUUAAAAAAUGUAAAUUUCCCACCCACAUUAGAAAUUCUUGAUAUUGAUAAUAAUCCAGAUUCAUAUGCAGUAAAUGAAAAACAAAUUAUAACAUUAAAAGAUGUUAUAUUACCACCAAAUUUAAAAGUUUUUAAAUUAGGUUAUCAUGGGUUACGAGUAUUAGAAAAUUAUGAAUUUCCUUCGACUUUAAAAACUUUAAGUUUAGCUUAUAAUGAAUUAAAAUAUAUUAGAAAUAUAAAAUUUCCAAAUUUAACAUUAUUAGAUCUUAGUGGUAAUGAAGAAUUAAUUACAUUAGAUGGUAUUGAUAUUCCGGAAAGUGUUACUGAAUUUAGAGUUUCACCUGAUUUAUUACCAAAUUUACCUGCAAAAGUUACAGAAAGAGCAAAUAAUAAUAAUUUAACUAUUAAACAAUCUGCUCCAAAACCCGAGUUAUUGUUUAUGUGA